UAGAAAGAAGGUAGCCAUGGCGCAGCUCUCAGUCUGUUGUGUCUCCCAAAUGUAAUCCACCGGCAUCGCUGGGGAUUUGUAACAUAUACGACACUUUAAACCAUACAAACUAAAUAAAAGCGUCUUAGACUGAAACACUGGAAACUGCUUCAAAUUUAUUUUUGAAAAAAAAAAAGCCGUUUUGUUUUUUCUUCCAGUCUUGUGGGAGGUAACUCGUUAUCCGGUGUUUCUUUUAUUCAAGUGACGUAACAGAGCGACAGGAGGUAGUUGUAACCACUAAACUUCCCAGCAACUCUUAAAAAUAUUUUCUAAUUCGGUUUCGGUGAAGAAAAAAAAAAGAAAACAAAGGAUUUUAUAACAAUCUGGGACCUUCUGCUUUUCAAACUUAGUUUAGGCUUGGUUUAUGAAACAAGAGUGAAACGGUCCUUUAGAAAUGACUUUCCGUGGUAUUGAAUCUGCCGAGGUGGAGUUGAAACUAAGUGAACUCUGUGCCUGACCGAAGAGAGACACUUCCGCGCUGCGGCAGUAGCUGCAAGAAGUUCAUGAACUAAGAAACCGGUCCUUUCCGUUUUGUUACCUCUCAAAAACUUUCACAACCGGGAUACUGUUUUGUUCUUCUAUAAUAAUCGAGUACACGGACAUCGUAUGAAAUGCGUUUUUCAAACCUGUGAUUUCAAAUCUUUCAAACUGCCCGCUUCCACGGAUUAGAAUUGACUGCUUUUUAUUUUCUUUCAUCUGUUUAUUUUUGUUUGGGCACGCUGUGGAUGUACAAGAGAGCGAGGAUUUAUCUGCUUGGCUCUUCGGCUGGAAUACUGGUUGUGUCUACUAAUUACAUAUCAUUCUUCAUUUGAAUUAUAAGUAUAACCAGAUAAAUACGGUCAAUACAAAUACCCAGUUGAGCGGGCUGAAUAUUAAAUGCCGAGCUCGGAGGUGGUGCAAGAGGGUCGGGGACGGAGCCCCUCUGAGCACAAACAGCCCCGACCGGAGAAGAGAGUUAAAUCGCCAAGCUCCAGUGGAGGAAUAGAGCCAUUCUCUCAGGAUCAGAAACGCCGGGAGAAGAGGCGAUCUUCCUCCUCCCGAAACAAGAAGCGCGAAUACGGCAGGGGACGAGUGCAGCAGUUGCUGAAUGAGCCAGGCAGCGAGCGGAGGAGCGUGUUUGAGAGAGACGGGGAGCUCAGGACCCUGGUGGAGUAUGACGAUGUCAGCUCCCAGUCGGAGCGUUUCUCGGGGAGCCCCUCUCCCAAGCCUGAGCCCCAUAACCAGCGGCUUCUGUUGCAGAGUCUGAAUGAGAACGAGCCCGGCGGCGGCAGGGGGGACGAGCAAGGGAGGAGAUCAAGAAAAGACCACAGUAACACAGGUAAGGAGCCCCGCCAACACAGUAGCCGAUCCACAGAGAGGAACAAGUUGGAAAAACAGCACAAGAAGAAGGACAACCAUCAGAGGGAGGGGGGCCCUUCUAAACCCUGGGCCAGCAGCGGUAGUAACAAACAAGCCAGAGAUGGCACCCGUAACAUUGACAGCAACGGGAAGAAAAAGCACAACCUACCCUUCUCCAUGGACAAAAAGGAGAGGGAGGCCAAACCCCACAAAAGUAAUAAAUCAAAAGCGGAGAAGGAGGCCCCGUCUGCCUAUAGGGACACCCCAAAAGCUUACAGGGACGACAGGGAAGAACCCAGGGCCUACAGAAAGAGACAGUCGGUAAGCCCAGGGCACAAGCAGGACAGUCCUUAUGCGACUUACGGCCAGGGCUAUGGGAACCAGUCCCCAGUUAUUGGUGGAUGUUACAACCAGUUUAAUGCUAGAAAGAGCCCUAGUUACAGGAAGAGACGAUCCCCCAGCCCACAUUAUGCUGGUCGAGACUCUGAGAUGUAUGGUGCGUACAACAACAUUACGAAGUCGCCUAGCUCAUAUUCCAACAGAAGACAUCGGUCUCCCAGCCCUUACAGCAGACGCAGAUCCCCCAGUUAUAACCGGCACAGCCCGUAUGAACAAGGGGAAAUAACUUCGAGUCCGUACAAUAGUAGGCGACGAUCAAGAAGUCCCUACAGAAAAUCCUACAGCCCGAGCCCCGAUCUCCGAAGAGGAGGGAAGUCGCGGAGCCGCAGUCCCUACUCUACCCGUCACUCCCGGUCCCGCAGCAGACACCGGCAUUCACGCUCACGCAGCCGCCAAUCUAGCAUCUCCCCCAGCACCCUCACCUUCAAGAGCAGCCUGGCAGCCGAACUCAGCAAACAGAAGGCGGCCAAGGCAGCUGAAGCAGCCCGCACUGGGGCCAAGAACUCCGCCUCCACGCCUACUAAAGGGCCUGCUGUAGCCGCCACCCCGGCUGCUGUAUCCCAUCCCUCUCUGACAAACCAUGUGAAGGAGCCCAAGAAACUCUGGCUGGACAGGCCUCCCUCUCCACCUCCAGAGAAGCCUGCUAAGGCCAAGGGGCCUUCAACAGAGGGCCAGGUCGAGACUCGGUCCCCUGCCGAUUGGACUAGCAAACGAGCAGCCCCCAGAGAGAACAAAGGGAAGGAAGAGUCUUCCCAGCUGCCCAAGGAAAAGAGGAAACCCCCUGUGCCUGGCAGCCUGGGAGGCAAGGAGAAAGAGAGACAGGCAGUGUUGCCCACCUCGACCCUGCCCCCUCUACCCCUGCCCCCUGUGCUGCCCGAGGACCUGGAUGCUGAAAGGUCAGCCAAGAAGAAGCCGGAGAAAAAAGCUCGCCCUUUACUGAGUGACCUCCCUCUACCACCCGAACUGACAGGAGGAGCCCCUGCUUCCCCAAACAGUCCAGAGGAUAAGAAGCCAGCAGCUCAGCCAGUCAUUAAACGGAGACCAAAAAUUUGUGGUCCUCGGUUUGGUGAAAUAAAGGAGACGGAGAUCGACUGGGGAAAACGUUGUGUGGACAAGUUUGAAAUCCUUGGAAUAACAGGAGAGGGCACUUACGGACAAGUCUACAAAGCAAAAGACAAGGAUACAGCUGAAAUGGUGGCGCUGAAGAAAGUGCGAUUAGAUAAUGAAAAGGAAGGCUUUCCUAUCACUGCUAUUCGUGAGAUCAAAAUCCUCCGGCAGCUGAACCACAAGAGCAUCAUCAAUAUGAAGGAGAUCGUAACCGACAAGGAGGAUGCACUGGACUUCAAGAAGGACAAAGGUGCUUUUUACCUCGUGUUUGAAUACAUGGACCAUGACCUAAUGGGCCUGCUGGAAUCAGGAUUAGUUCACUUUAAUGAAAGCCACAUAAAAUCAUUCAUGAGACAACUAAUGGAAGGACUUGACUACUGCCACAAGAAAAACUUUUUACACAGAGAUAUCAAGUGUUCAAACAUUUUGCUUAAUAACAGGGGGCAGAUUAAGCUUGCAGAUUUUGGUCUUGCACGACUCUACAAUUCAGAGGAAAGCCGUCCAUACACCAAUAAAGUCAUUACGCUGUGGUAUAGACCACCUGAACUGCUGCUGGGAGAGGAGAGAUACACCCCAGCUAUUGAUGUCUGGAGCUGCGGGUGUAUCCUAGGAGAACUUUUCACAAAGAAGCCCAUUUUUCAAGCAAACCAGGAACUUGCUCAGCUAGAGCUUAUUAGUCGAAUCUGUGGCAGCCCAUGUCCCGCAGUUUGGCCAGAUGUAAUAAAGCUCCCUUAUUUCAACACCAUGAAACCAAAGAAACAGUAUCGGAGACGACUAAGGGAAGAAUUUGCAUUCAUUCCUUCAACUGCAUUAGAUCUUUUUGAUCAUAUGCUUGCAUUGGAUCCCAGCAAACGUUGCACAGCUGAACAGGCUCUUCAGAGCGAGUUCCUGAAGGAUGUGGAUCCUGUCAAAAUGCCGACUCCUGACCUCCCUCUAUGGCAGGAUUGCCAUGAGCUCUGGAGCAAAAAACGUAGGCGUCAGAAGCAAAUGCCUGAUGAGAUGACAGCCCCCAAAGUCCCCAGAAAGGAGCUGGCUUUGGGAAUGGAUGACAGCAGGAACGAUACCCCUCAAGGCCUUCAACCUACUCAUCUGAAAUCUCAGGGCAGUUCUAGUGUAGGACUAGAUAUUAAAGCCACUGGACCCCAGCUAACCCAGGAUCAGCUGGCGAUUCUGCUGAACUUGCUUCAGUCCAAGAAUACAGUUAGCAUGGCUCAAUUUGCCCAAGUCAUGAACAUCAAGGUGAACCCAGAGACUUUGCAGCAACUGAACAGCAUGUCCCUCCCUGCUGGGAUUCUGGCCUCCACAGAGAAGCCUCAAGAGCCUCAGCCUCAGCCAGUGGUAACCCAGCCUCCUGUCCCCUUGGCACCACGCACGCCUCCACAACAAGCCCUGCCUAAGCUGGAGGGGGACGCAGCUCCCACAGCCAUUCAGAGUGCAUUCACUGUUCUGCUGGCUCAGCUCCUAAAGGUUCAGCAGAUGCAGAAAAAAGACAGUGUUCCAGUAGAAGAGAUUAGCAGUGGAAAUGAUGUGCCUCCGGAGCCCAGCCCCUCUCUUUCACCAGGUUUGGACGAUAGUGCUGACCUGCAACAUAAUGCUACUGCUCCAGAACCUCCGUUGAUCCUGCCUCCAGACCAGCGUCCCCCAGAGCCUCCAGAACCACCUCCCACCACAGAGGAUCUGGACUACAGAGGAACCAUGGGCUCUGCUGAUCCCCAUUCAGGAGUGAAGGCAGCCCUGAUGCAACUGAUUGCCCAGCACAGCGUACCAGAGCCAGAGUACCAGCAAGAAAGUUCCUACCAACUGGGCAGUGAGUACAGGGAGAGCUUUGGGAGUUCCUCAUUCUCCUCCAGCAGUUAUACCAGUGAUGACUUCAGGGGCAGCCACUUAGGGGCAGGGGAGAGAGCCAGCUUCCUGGGCGGUGGCUUACCUCCACACUCAUUAAGGGAGAUGUUUAGUGGUGGAGCUCCAACUCACACUGGUGGUGCCGGCAGGCCACGUACCCCAGGCUACCCAGAGUCCUUUUCGAGCUCAGUGGGCAGCAACUAUGGGGAUGGCAGCAACUAUAGCGACAGCAGCAACUACUCUGGGUGUGCAGCAGGUGGAGGAGGAGGAGGAGGAGGAGGAGGAGGAAGUGGAGGGGCCUUGCUUUUUAGCGGGGAUAAGGACCACAGAUUUGAGUACAACCACAGCCCUCUGCCAGUGCUAGCAAACAGCAGUAACCUAGAAAGUACUCACGCUGCUAGCAUGCCAGGAAACAUCUACAGUUAUAACCACGGGAUGAGCAGGCAAGAAAACAUGCUUCCUGGGGGUCCUGCGCAUGGGCAGAACUGGGGAUCGCCCUCACAAGGUGGUGCCUACUCGCAGGGCUAUAGGGCACACAUGAACACUUCAACAUUAAGAGGAAGGGGGCUACCAUACUGAUCAAUUCUUGAAGACUGGUUUUAAAAGGCUUUGGGCACAUUCAAAGCUGGGAUUCUUUUUUUUAAAACCGCUUAAUUUGAGUUUAAAAAUUAUUUACCAGAUGUGAAAGACAAUUGUUUAGUUUUUUUAAUGAGGAAGACGGUGAUUAAAAAAAGAUUUUAAAAAAAUAAAUAAAAAUGCUCUUACCUUUUCAUAUUGUUUUUAAUCAAUUAUACUGCUGUCCUUUUUAAAAUGUUUACUUUUGAGUGUACAUUAUACUAAACCAGGUUAUAAAUUAUCUUUGGUCUUGGGCAGAUUUAGUAUUAUUUGCUGAAUCAGGAACCAAAUUUAUAAGAGCAAGCUGGAUAUGAGAUUCUAUAGAUUUGGACCAAGCCUAUAAAUCAUACUGAAGGCACUGGAUGUUUUGAUUGCUUCACUUUGGGAAAACUACUUUUGUACUGAAAGAUUACUGACAGUCUGUGACCCACUGUCAGUGUUCUUGUGGAUAUUACAAUUGAACUGAAAAAGCCAGAAAGCUUUAUUUAUGUAAACAGAUUUCAUAAAUUCUGUUGUAUAUGUAACUCCCCCCACCCCUACCCCUUUUCUCUGUCCCUUUUCUUUGUAAAAUCAGAUGCUCUGGUAAAAUGAUCCCUGUUAAAAAAACAAAUGCUUUUUGUACCAAGACAUUUUCUGGCAAAUGUUUAUUAAAGAAAUAUCAAAUUAAAUACAUGGUCUUGUUGCUUUUACAAUCUUCAGAAACUUUAAGCCUCACAUAUUGUAAUUAUUUGGUUA